CUUGUCGGAAUACGGGUGAGGGAAAGAUACAACUGUAAUAAAAAGCGGUUCGAAUUCUUGUCAUUUUCGAGCAGCCAGCAAUAAUCAGUAUCGUUUUGACCAGUCCGUAUCAGGAACGACACCUCGUGUGGGAGAAAUUUUCAGCUGAACGAUGCCGGACUCGAAAAAAUUCUUCGAGAAUCUCUCCGGAGCAGGAAAGUCAAUCGGCGUGCUGACGAGCGGCGGAGAUGCUCAAGGAAUGAAUGCAGCAGUAAGGGCUGUUGUCAGGAUGGGGAUUUAUGUUGGAGCCAAAGUCUAUUUUAUCCAUGAGGGUUACCAGGGCAUGGUGGAUGGAGGUGACAACAUCAAGGAGGCCACGUGGGAGAGUGUCUCCAGCAUGCUUCAACUGGGUGGUACAGUGAUUGGCAGCGCCCGCUGUAAAGAGUUUCGAACACAUGACGGCCGUCUGCGUGCGGCUCUGAACCUGGUACAACUCGGAAUUACUAACCUGUGUGUGAUUGGUGGAGACGGCAGCCUGACUGGAGCUAAUCUGUUCAGGGAGGAGUGGAGCGGCCUGUUGGAGGAGCUUGUGCAAUCAGGUCAGAUAGAUGAGCAGGCAGUUGAAACGCAUUCUGUGCUGCAUAUCGUGGGCAUGGUUGGCUCUAUAGAUAAUGACUUCUGUGGAACAGACAUGACCAUUGGCACUGACUCUGCUCUGCACAGGAUCAUAGAGGUGGUGGACGCCAUAAUGACCACAGCACAGAGCCAUCAGAGAACCUUCGUCCUGGAGGUGAUGGGGAGACACUGCGGGUAUCUAGCGUUAGUCAGUGCUUUGGCGUGCGGUGCUGACUGGGUGCUGAUUCCUGAAAUGCCUCCAGAGGAUGGCUGGGAGGAACAGAUGUGUCAGAAGCUAUCAGAGAACCGAGCAGAUAAGAAAAGGCUUAAUAUCAUCAUAGUAGCAGAAGGAGCCUUAGACUCGCACAACAGGUCGAUAACUACGGACUAUGUGAAAGAUCUGGUGGUAAGAUGUUUGGGCUUUGAUACCCGCGUCACCAUCCUGGGCCAUGUGCAGAGAGGAGGGACGCCCUCUGCCUUCGACAGAAUCCUGGCCAGUAGAAUGGGGGUGGAGGCAGUGUUAGCUUUGCUGGAAGCAUCUCCAGAUACUCCUGCCUGUGUGGUGUCUCUGCGUGGAAAUCAGGCCAUUAGGCUGCCUCUCAUGGAAUGUGUGCAGAUGACUCAGGAAGUGCAGAAAGCUAUGGAUGAGAAGAACUUUGAGGAGGCAGUUAAACUUCGAGGCAGGAGUUUUGAAAACAACCUAAACACCUACAAGCUGCUAUCAUAUCGCAAACCAGACUCAGAAGUCCCAAAAAGUCCGUACAAUGUGGCUGUGCUAAAUGUGGGCGCUCCAGCGGCGGGCAUGAAUGCUGCAGUCCGUUCUGCCGUCAGGGUGGGCAUCACUGAAGGCCACACCAUGUUUGCAGUUCAUGAUGGUUUUGAGGGCUUCAGCAAGGGCCAGAUAACAGAGAUCAAAUGGGGGGAUGUCGGAGGCUGGACUGGUCAGGGUGGGUCCCUGCUAGGGACAAAAAGAACUCUUCCAGCUAAGCAUUUGAAUAAAAUUGCUGAACAGAUAAGAAUUCAUAACAUCGGUGCUUUACUGGUCAUUGGAGGAUUUGAGGCAUAUCUGGGUCUGCUGGAGCUGCUAGCUGCUCGUUCCAAACACCCUGAGCUUUGUGUUCCCAUGGUGAUGGUUCCCUCCACUGUCUCCAACAACAUCCCUGGCUCGGACCUGAGCAUCGGGGCAGACACUGCCCUCAAUGCCAUCACCAACACAUGUGAUCGCAUAAAACAGUCUGCAAGUGGUACAAAGAGGCGUGUUUUCAUCAUUGAAACCAUGGGUGGCUACUGUGGUUACCUGGCGACGGUAGGUGCGUUGGCUGCUGGAGCCGAUGCUGCCUAUAUAUAUGAAGAACCCUUCAGCAUCAGAGACCUGCAGACCAAUGUAGAGCAUUUGACAGAGAAGAUGAAGACCAGCAUCCAGAGAGGCCUAGUACUCAGGAACGAGAACAGCAAUGAGAAUUUCACUACAGACUUUAUCUACCAGCUGUACACAGAAGAGGGCAAAGGAGUGUUUGACUGCAGGAAGAAUGUCCUGGGACAUAUGCAGCAGGGAGGAGCUCCAUCUCCGUUUGACAGGAACUUUGGCACAAAGAUUGCAGCUAAGGCUAUGCAGUGGAUCUCCAAAAAGCUGAAGGAAUUCUACAUUGAGGAGGAAGGUCGUGUGUUUGCCAACACUGAGGACUCUGCGUGUUUAUUGGGGAUGCGCCGUAGAGCUUUGGUCUUCCAGCCGGUGACACAGCUAAAAGAAGAGACGGACUUUGAGCACAGGAUCCCUAAGGAACAAUGGUGGCUAAAGCUCCGCCCUUUAAUGAAGAUACUGGCCAAGUACAAGACCAGCUAUGAUGUGUCUGACUCCGGCCAGCUGGAACAUGUGGCUGGUCUGAGGACUCGGGAUGAGAAUGAGGUAGAGAAAGAGUGUGAGGAAGAGUAAGGAAGAGCAUAUAAUAGUGGGUGAAAGGAGUGAGAGAAAAGAAAGAAUGUGAAGAGAAUUUAUUUUGUGAACAUUCAACUUCAUAGCAAAUUCACAGCAGUGUGUUGAGUGCAUAGGUGUAGAAUCUCUUAAAUACCUCUAAUCAGACCCUGCUGCCACUGAUGUACUGCCAUGGUUGUCCUCUUCACCGAUACAAGUAAGCUUAGUGUGCUAGCACCUUAUGUACGUCAGAUAGUUAAGCUAAAAUUUAACCUAAAACACGCCUGUAGGCGUAGCAUAUGCUUUUUUUCCUCAUUGGAAAGGCAAGUGAAAAUCAUCCAUGUGAAGAAGUCUACGACAAGUAAACAGUACAUGUUUUUCCUCUGUGCAGUCCUGUGGAAGUGUGAGGUCAGAUUUGUCUUUUGCACAAGACUCCAUGCUGUUCUCUGUAGCACCUUGAUAUUUGUUGAGUGAUUAGUCUGAAUCUGUGUGCGAAUGCUUCUUACCAAAGCAGGAGUUUAUGUGUGUCAAUAGCUGUUGACUGUGAUGUCUGUUUUUGUGAAAUGAAGUUUUACUGCUGUCAUAAAUUAACUAAAACUAUAUGAUAGAAUCAGUCAUACUAUUGCCAGCGCUUACUGCAGCUAUUUAGAGAAAUGCAGGUAGCUACACUGCUAGUUACAUGGCAUAGAGCUUGCUACUUUGAAGAUACUUCAUGAUUGAUGUCUCUGAGCCAAAUUUGAAGAUGUAAUGUGAAACAAUUUGAAAGGGUUGCAUGAUUAUAUCGAAAUCAUAUCAGUAUAGGCAGAUAACUGUUAACAGCAUCGAACAGAUCAAAUGAUAUGUGUUUGUAGUGUUCCAGAAAAGCCUGUGUUUUAUUCAUUUUACUCUGUGUGUAAUCCUCUCCAAAUAAAUGUUACAUUUUUCCAUGAUGUUAAUCCUGGAGGAUCUAGAGGCAGUUUUAACAUUUUAAAAAUGUGUUGGCAUCAGUCUUAAACCUCAGCACCUUAUUUACACCUAAGCACAUUAAUUAAAACCAUUUGGCAGUGUGUGUUUUGCAAAAAAACACCAUCUAUCCUUAAAAUAAAUGUACAAUUUCCUUUGUUCAAAAUAUUUUAGGAACAAUGUUUAGCUCUAGAUUUUUCUUUGAUGCCCCCAGCCGUCGCAUAGAUUUAUUCAAUUUAAUUACCAGCCAGGUAUUAAAUUAUAACUGCAAAUAAUAUUCGGCUAGCACCAGGAGAGGUUUGGAAGUGGUUAAAUAACCACAGUGAGAUACGUGAAACUAGUUACUGUACUGACAUUAUAUUAUACAAGGUACUUGCAGGUGACUUCCUAAAUGAAGGAAAACAAAUCAAGUAGCACAUUAAGGGCUGUGAUGCAUCUUAAUCUAUAAAAUAGCUUCACUGCUGAAAAGAUGUUUGAAUUGGAAAAGAGCAACACUACUACCACACUGGCAGUUAGACCUGCGGCAGUCCUAGAUCAUUAACCGGAGGCCUUAGGCCUCAACUGUAAGGCCACCUUUUUCUGUUCCAGAACCAGCAAUGCAUGAAAUAUAAACUUAAACAGGGGUUGUAAGGUUAGCUUAUUUUAAGGUAGUUGUGAUCUGAUGUUCAACUCAGCUACCAUAAAUUGAGCUCAAAGUUACCUGUUUUUCAAUCUGGUCCUUGUAGACCCUCAGAGAGUUCAACCCUGGAUGAAAUACAAUAUGGAUAGAUUAUACUUUACAUGCUGCCACUGCUAUAUAAGCUGCUCUAAAUGUGUAGUUCAUAAUUUAUGCUAACUUGUAAUGUUUUAUAAAAGUCAGUGAUGACCACAAAGCAAGUGAAACACAUGGUGUAUAACAAUGAUUACACAAUAUAUUAAAGAAUUAAAAAAAGAAUUGCUGUUCUCAAAUCUUGAUGUUUUUGUUAUUCAGUUAUGCUUAGAUUUCUGCAAAUAUUUUCUGCAAUAUUUAUGCAUAUGCAUUUAUUCAGCUGUUAAGGUGUAAACAAAGUCAUUUGCAGUGGUUUGAUGUGAAACAGAUCAUUGUAAAGAUUAAGAAAUGGAACUUUCUUUACAGGAACCAGGGUCACAAUGUCUAGAACACAAAUAUAGCCAUUAUUAUUUACUAUAUCAAACUACCUGUGAACCUACAUGUAUCUUCUGAGUUUUGUGAUGGUGAUGUCUACAUUGCCUUACAACCUUUCAGCCAUGAGGAGAUUAAAAAGUUUUAAACCACAAUGUUCCUUCAAAACUGCAAAUAAAAUGUCUGAACAAUCA